UCUCUCUUCUCCGAAGCCAUACUCGGGCCCCAUGCCUCUGUUACUGUGUUCUAGCAAUUGGAUGGGUGAGAAACCCUAGAAGCAGAAGAGAUGCUCCCUUUCGAUCUUCAGACUUCACUCCCGGAGCAGAGGAAUUCCGGAAGGCCCCAUGCCCUAGUCUGCUACGGAUUCGGAAACCGACAACACAAAACAAACGGAAGCACAAAACCCAACAAACAUGUUUCCUUUCUACAAAAGAAACUGAUCCCGAUUAUCCAGGCCUCACCAUUUCCUCUGCAUAAUUAGUUAAUUACCCUUUUGCAAAAAGAAUGAGUUAAGA